ACGAACAACAAGGAUGGCUCGUACUAAGCAGACGGCCCGUAAAUCGACCGGAGGUAAAGCUCCGCGUAAACAGCUCGCCACUAAGGCGGCUCGUAAGAGCGCGCCCGCAACCGGCGGUGUCAAGAAGCCGCAUCGCUACAGGCCCGGAACAGUUGCACUCCGUGAGAUCCGUCGUUACCAGAAGAGUACCGAGCUUCUGAUCCGCAAGUUGCCGUUCCAGCGUCUCGUACGUGAAAUCGCUCAGGACUUCAAGACCGAUCUCAGAUUCCAGAGUUCGGCAGUGAUGGCUCUCCAGGAAGCGAGCGAGGCGUAUCUGGUGGGCCUCUUCGAGGACACCAACCUGUGCGCCAUUCACGCGAAACGCGUCACCAUCAUGCCCAAGGACAUCCAGUUGGCGCGCAGGAUCAGAGGAGAACGCGCUUAAGCGUGUAGAGGAGUCUGGUGGUGAUUCCCGUUGUUGUGUGUCCGAUCUCGUCAUGUUCAUGACCAUUACAUGAUCAUGAUCGCAACGUGACACUAGAACUGGAACGUCGCCGCUCGCAUUUACAAACGGCCCUUUUCAGGGCCACACACGAUUCAAACUGAUACAUGUUUCUUGGUACGAUGAGUUAGUUCCCACCACCACCACCACCUACCUGCGUAAUUAAUGAACACAUAUAUUAUUAUC